CAAUGCGCGCCCGUGACGCAUCUCCUUCGCAAAACUCUGUGUAGUGCAUUAUUUUGCCCUUCCCAGCCCCCAGUGGGGCGGUGGGUGACGAGCGAAACUAACUAGGGCUCGAAAGCUCUAUGCCGGAGUGCGCCACUAUUGGCUCUCACCACGAGGGGGCAGUGUUGUUCUGUGACAAACAGCUCUGACAACUCUGUGACAGGACAGGCCAUCAAAUGUGACUUCAUGCUGUGGUGGUAGUGUACGUGAGCUGGUGGCUCCACUUUAUUGCACACAAGAGUUUCUUGAUUUGCGGACUUGAAAACCAUUUUCCAAAACCGACCACCAUGCUUUGUCACCGUCAACUGGUCCUAUUGUUGGCGUGCUGGUUUUUUCAAGGACUGCUUGGUGAUGUGCAACUAGGCAAUUGUCCGUGCAAGGACCCAUCACUCUGUCAACCCGUUCAAGCACCACCUAGAAAGGAGUUGUUUGUCUUUCGGACGGGGGACAAAGACGAUUGGAAGCUGUAUGAUUGGACUUACAUCACUACCGUGGCCGUGUUUGGCCCUUACGUCCCAGAGCUGAUGUGCUUUGCACACUCCAAGGGUGUGAGAUAUGUUAUGACGGGCGAUUAUCCAGCAAACAAACUGUCCAACGCCACCGCUCGGUCAGCCUGGGUCAAGCAGCAGGCGGACACCGCCCUCUCGCAGCACCUGGACGGCAUUAACAUUGACUUUGAGGCUACGCUGAGCGAGAGCGAUGCUCCUAACCUUGUGGCAUUGGUCAAUGAGACGGCUAAGGCUUUCCGACAGGCAAAUCCGUACGCUCAGAUAUCGUUCGACACCCCGUUUGCAGCCGGGUGUACUUGGGGACGUUGCUAUGACUACAAAAACUUAUCAGAAUCCUGUGAUUUUUUCGUUAUUAUGGAUUACGACAUGUCGGACCCGUACAUGGCUAUAUCGAACGAUCCAAUCCAACGCAUCAAAAUCGGCGUGGAAUCUUUUCAAGCUGACGGCAUACCAGCAAGUAAGCUAAUAACCGCCUUCCCUUGGUACGGCUAUGACUAUGAAUGCACGCAUGUCUAUAAGGACAGCAUUUGCUCCAGAGUCGGUCAGCAAUACAAUGCACAGUCUUCUAGGCAACUCUGCUACAACAUCAUCACUCAGAUGCUCAAGAAUCUCUCCAUCGUUGGAACUUUGAACUCUACAUUCGUCUCAAAGUUCUUUGAUUACACGGAUAAGGGCACAGGCAAGCCCCACCAGGUGUGGUACGAUGACCCGGAGACGCUGGUGGUGCGGUACCUGUAUGCCAAGAACGCCGAUCUCCGCGGAGUGUCCAUGUGGCAAGCCGAGUGCCUGGACUACGGCCCUGACCCGGAAACGAAGAGACUCACCAAGGCAAUGUGGGAUGCUAUUGACAAAUUCAUGCAACCCCAAUAUGAUAAAAAAGAAACUUAAAAAGGUCAGUCAGAAGUUGAUUAACCUGUUUUGUUUCAGAAAGUCGUAAUGCCGCAAAAAAUCAGUUUUGAAAUAUACUUUUUGCAUCAAAACUGAGCAUUUGCAAUCCUAAAUCCAGUAACAAUGCAUAAUUGAGUUUUGAAAAAUUCUACGCGCUGUACCGUGCAUGAUGCAAUCUGCAAUUCUCGAUUAAUAUAAUUCGGCCAUAGAUUAAUGUCUUCGAUUGAGUCAGGAAAUAUAACACUAUAACUAUGCUUUACAUGUCAAUUAAGAAAAUGCAAGGAAUGAAUUGUAUAAUGGCAUUGUAAUAGAUUUUGACUCAGCUUUCCGUGAGAUUCCAGGUUACCGGAUUGAAAUACAGGCACUGACAAUUUUAUGAUUGGGGCAACUUACAAAUGGUUGUGUGGCUCUCACCCGACCGGCCGAAAAAUUAAGAAAUGGCCAUCCCCCCUCCACCUUUCGAAAUGCCAAUUAUUCUGUGUUUUAUGUCAAAGUGUUGAUUUUACUGUAUACGUUGAAAGCCUCGCGUGGUUGUCGAGACCAGGGGCAUCGUACGCCGACUAAACGUACAUUGUAUACACAGACACUUCACAAUACAUAAACCAAGGAGCACCUGCACAUGAUUAGAUUCUCCAUUGGCAGUUUUAAGCAACUGACACAAAGACGCCUUUUGUUAACUGAUUCUGCUUUCAGUCAUGUGAUCCACGACUUAAAUAUUCGUUAGAAAGGGUCACCAACAAUGCUUUAGAAGCAGCGGGGUCACAAAAACCCUUUGUUAAAGACAGAAUUUUACACUCAUGGAAAGCGUAGUUUAGAUUAUUUCAAAAGCCAGGGGGCACUUUUCUUCUUAGCCCAGAGGGCGCUGUUCAUUUAAAAUUUGGGCGUGACCAGGGGUUUGUGAACAUACUUGUGCACGUACACCUAUAGGCAUGCUGACAGCCUGACUCCCUUGUUUCCUUAGCACAAAUCGAAGCUCGGCAAAUGUAAGUUGAUUCAUCUAUACACAUCUUAUGAUUAUAUUAAAGAUUACAUAGUGUAACAUGUACGUGUGGCAAUUAAUUUGGUCAAAUUUUCUGUACAAUUUUGGAUCAUUAUGGACAGAUGCACACCUAUUCCAAACCACUGUGCCCAUGUGGGUCACAUGAUUCCUUAAUCGUCAAUUGUGUGUAAGAUUAGGAGAUUGUCGCGCGACAUUUAGAGUUGAUCAGAUUCACUCUUGGUGUAUUUUUAAUUGAAAUGUUUGUAACUCAACACUCAACCUCAGUAUUUUUGUUUUCGUUAUUCAUAAUGGAACCAUGAUAAAUGCUAUUAUUGUAAGAGUGUCACACGUAUCGAGACACACGUACAUAAUGUUCAUAAUAAUGCUGAAUAAAAAGUAAAGCCACACAUAAGACAGCUUCAA